GGCUGGGCUGGGGACGCCGGGAAGCACCAGCGGUCCGAGGCUAGGAUCGGCGGUUGUGCUUGCUCUCCACCGCUGGCAUCAUGUCCCGCGUGUCGGUGCCCUGCCAUGUGAAAGGCACCGUGGCGCUGCAAAUGGGCGAUGUGCGGACCUCCCAAGGCCGGCCUGGCGUGCUGGUCAUCGAUGUUACCUUCCCCAGCAUCGCACCCUUCGAGUUGCAGGAGAUUACAUUUAAGAAUUACUAUACAGCCUUUCUGAGUAUCCGUGUUCGCCAGCACACCUCAAUGCACACACAAGCCAAGUGGGUGACCUGUCUGCGGGACUACUGCCUGAUGCCUGACCCACACAGUGAGGAGGGAGCCCAGGCGUAUGUAUCGCUGUUCAAGCACCAGAUGCUGUGUGACAUGGCUAGAGUACUGGAGCUGCGCCUGAUUCUGCGACAGCCAUCGCCACUGUGGCUGUCUUUCACAGUAGAGGAGCUGCAGAUCUACCAGCAGGGACCAAAGAGUCCCUCCAUGACCUUUCCUAAGUGGCUCUCCCACCCAGUGCCUUGUGAGCAGCCUGCUCCCCUCCUUGAGGGUCUCCCAGACCCCAGCAGGGUAUCUUCUGAGGUGCAGCAGAUGUGGGCGCUGACGGAGAUGAUCCGGGCCAGUCACACCUCCACAAGGAUCGGCCGCUUUGAUGUGGAUGGCUGUUAUGACCUGAACUUGCUCUCCUACACUUGAGCCCUGGCUCUUAACCAAGACAUUGACCUUCUGUGCCCACCCAGGCCUGGUUUGGGCCAUCAGAGCCCGAAGUGCUUUCCCUGUGCAUUCCGAUUGUUGCCUGCAUGCCCACUGUGUCUGGGCCACAUUCACAGAGUCAAGAUUCUUCGGGGCUCACUGUGCUGCUUCAGCACGAGCACCUGGUGUGGGGUGGGGUACACUGUGCUCACCUGAUUGCAACCCCAAACUUUUUCCUACCCUAAAAACACCCCAGUUCGACUUACUAAGAAUCCCUGCGUGCCCUGUGCCCCUCCUGCCUACAUACAUACACCUGUCUUCUGCCUGCUCCCUCACCUGAGUGCAGUGUAUUGGGGUGACCUACUAGAACCUGCUCUAUCUAGCCUUGGAAGGCGGCUGCAACCA